AUGUCGCUGGGCCUCUCGCUAUCACAGCUGAUAGUUGAGCAGCCAGAACCGCUGUUAAGUGGCUACCAGGCGCUGGACCAUGUCCUGGAUGGAUUUCAGCCAAAAUGCAUUUACGAAGUGUUUGGUCCUCCAGGUAUCGGUAAACUAGAAUUUGGCAUCGACUUGGCAAAGAACGCGCUCGAGACAAAUCGCUCGACGCUAUGGAUUGAUGCGCACCAGACAACUAAGCUGGACAGCUUGGUAGGCUUAAAAUACGCCAAAUUCGACAAGUUUACGCACUAUGUGUACUAUUUCCAGGAAAUGUCACUGCAGAGUCGAGAAGUCCAAGACGAAGAAAGCGAAAAAUACCAGCUAAUUGUGAUUAGGGGACUCUCCAAGGUGGUGACAAGCUAUCUGUAUGCCAACCCGGCUUCAUCAACGCAGGAAUCCGCUCAUCAGUUCAAGAAUAAGAAUCUCAUCACGCUGUUUACGGCGAUGACAAAGUACGCUCAACGCUACAAGACGACAAUUGUGAUGCUAAACGACGCAAUGAAUACAGGGUACACCAUCAAUGCUAGCAAUGGCAAUUCAAGCGACUCCUGGAGCGCUCAAUUUACAUCUUAUACCGACGAUUCGCCGUUUCUGGUGAAAAGUAGCAAACGCAGAGCAGUUCAGGUGCUCAGGAGCGCCCUGGUGGCGAACAUUGGCGUGGGGAGCAAGGACCAAACGUGGGAGGUGUUUCUAAAGAGACGAAUUGGGAUAUUCUGGGAGUGGGACUGGUCUGCGCCGUGGAAUAGAGUGCCCAAAAAGCGGCGAGUGGCUGUGGUACAAGAUUUGAGCCGUGGCACCGAGGGAGAAGUAGUAGUGAAGCUAGUGAAUGAUAUCAUUCACGCUAGUGGUGUGCCUUUGGCUGGGGAGUCAAGAAAGCCGUUGGAUUCCGAUGCAGAAACGAAUAAGAAAUGCGACGUAGGAAUUGCACAGGAGGAAACACUCGAUCCAUCUUGCUCGGUGCAAGACUCCAAGCGAUCUAAGCGUGCGUUGACAGCUGAUGACAUGUCAUUGUUGCCCUUUACUCCCCGAAUUAGCGACCUACGAAAGCCCACUGCACCAGAGCCUACAGCGGUGCUGUACGAUAGCCAGGACUAG